AUGGAUAUUGAUAUGGAAAUUAGACAAAUGGAUCAUCUUGAGGAACAAGUUAUUGUGGACAGCUAGAUUGAAGUUCCAUUAGAAAUCCAACCUAAAUUUAUUAAAUCAGGCUCUCUUAAUCCAGAAGAUGAGCCUGAAUCUGUAAUGAUAAUUGAUACUUCUACUAAAUAAGAGGAAAACUUAAAGACAUGCAAACUCUGCAACCUCGGUAUCCAAGAAGAAGAUCUUACAAAUAAUUAAGUGAUUGACUUUACAUUAAGCGACAAUUAAUGCUUUCACAUUUACCACAAUAACUGCUUAAAAUCAUUUAUGCUGUUCGAGUAUACUUCAAUGAAGGAUGACCACUUUAAAUUCUAGUGCGAAAUGUGCUGUUUAAAAAUAUCUGACAAAUAGAUCUCAGAAUUGCACAGAAACUACAAAGUGGAACAGGAACUCUAAGAUAAACUAUACUAAGAAAGCCUCAAAGUUAUUCAAGCUAAAAUGCAAUAAGAAAAAGAAGAAAGAGAGAUGAAAAUUCAGCUAAUGAAAUAAUUCAACCUUGUUGAAUGCAAGUGUGGAGCAAUAAUGGAGGUUGAAACUGUAAAUCCUGAUUUCACUUAAAAAGAUAAGCUCGGUAACAAGAUAUCAGAAUAAUCUGCUCAUCAUAUGAGCCAGCACAGAAUUAGAUGUUACCAGUGCAGUCAGAACUUUUGCACGGAAUGCUCAGUCUAUCCUUAUCACUUAGGCUACACUUGUGAGACCUAUCACCAUUAUUUAAAGACUAGAGAGUGCCGAUUCUGCAAGCAAAACUACAAGGAUUCAUAUAUUUCAGAGCAUGCAGUGUUUGAUGAUGUUUGCAUUGGUUGUGCUCAAUAUGCGGAGUAAUCCUGCCACAGACAGUAUUAUGAAUGCAAUCAUAAAUGCUACGGAGCAAGAGGUGAAGAGAAUUGCCUCCCUUGUCUUCAUCCAGAAUGUGUUGCCAAGAACGAAGCAAAGACUCUUGGAUCUGACAUGAACAGUACUUGCCCAGUGUGCUACACUGACACAUUCAGCUAACAGUGCAAGAGUAUCAUUCGGGUAUCUAGACUGUCCUUGCUGCGGAGUAUCAAUGGAAUGUAAAUACGAACCAGAGAUAAAUAAACUCAUCGUUCGUUCAUUGAUGAUGGGGUGUGGCUUUUUGAGAAUGUCAGAAAACAGGCUCUAGAAAGAGCAGUAAUAGAGGGCAUUGACAAAGAUGAAAGACUAGCAAACCCAGAAGAUAGAUUCUACAAUGACCUUCAGGAAUAUGCCCUCUAUAAGUUAGCUUUUUAUCAGUGCUUUGAUUGCAAAAAACCAUAUUUUGGAGGUAAAAGGGAUUGUGAAUAAGAAGCAUUAUAAGAAAAUAUACCAAACAAAGAGGACUAUAAAUGUGGAAGAUGCAAAGCUUUAACUUUCAAAUCAGGUAUAACUAAUUGUGAUGUUCAUGGAGAAGAUUUUAUAGAAUACAAAUGCUAAUAUUGCUGCCAUGUUGCCUUAUGGUUUUGUUGGGGCACUCACAGAUUUUGUGAGCCUUGUCAUGACGAUGCUGCCAAUGGUCAUAAUGAGGUGGUACCUUGCAAAGGUUCAAAAGAAUGUCCUUUAAAUGGUCAUCACAACACUAACGGACAAGAAUAUGCAAUUGGCUGUAGAUUAUGCAGAAAUGAUUUUAUAGAAUAGUAAAAUAUAUAACUAUGA